UUUGAUGAGGUUAAAACAAUGGUGUCCAAGUGACAAGUACAGAAAUGAACUGAAGUUUGAUACUUCAUAAGUUUUGUUUUCGAAGAAUGGAUAGGUUUAGAAUUCCAGUGUUUUCGUCGUCUGUGUUGGUGCUGUGCGCGAGCCUGGUCAGUUGUCAGCUGGUUGUGAACGUCAAGAACAAAGGUGGCGACGUGCUGGUCGAGUCGAUACAGGCCAACACAACGGAGGACACCGUCACUCUCGAGUAUCAGAAUACAGACGGAACACUGAUCACCCAAUUUAUUGACUUUAAAUCGGAAGUUCAAAUCUUCCGGGCAUAUGUAGCUGGAGAAGAAGAACGGGGUCAGAAUCAGCUUCAAGUCCUGUGUUUCAUCAGCAGAUUCAGCAAGAAUGACUUCAUCUCAUCAGAUGCCAUGUCAAAACUCAGACAGAAAAAUCCAACUGCUAUUAGGAGCCCUGAGGAGGAAAAGGGCCCUGACCUGAUGGUGUAUGACCUGUUGACCGACCUGAACAAAAGUCACAUGAUUAGUCCACAUGUGUUUAACAUCUGCCAGGAGGCGAGGGAAACCACAUUCUUCAAAGAGGGAGAUCUCACCACCAUAUCUAGAUCAUUGAAUAAAGACUAUAAUACUCUAAUGUCGGCCAUGAAGAAGACAUACCCCUCCAAGUACGCACGAUGUCAUGAUACCAACGACCUGAGCAAGCCGUGUCUGUGUCACUACCAGAUGUGUGUGGGGUGGUACCCUUGUGGACUCAAGUACUGCCGAGGCAAGGACUCCACUGGCAAAGUCGUCAGCUACCGUUGAGGCAUCAAGACCUGUCGCAGGUGUCUUGUUUUCGAACAUGUUGCCAGGCAACGAUUGUGGUGUCUGUGGGAUGACUCGUGAACGUGAACACCCAUCAUUUUGAUUGUUUUAUACAUCAGAGGUGUAAAAGUAAGUGCUAUUAUAUGACAUUGGGAAAAUAUUAGUGACAGAAGAUGGCAAAAAGUGGAAAAAAACGAAGGUGAUAGGAUGGUUAAUUGUGUAGCUGGAAAUUAAUCUUUAAAUGCAGGAUUUCAUAUCGAUGCUUAUUCCUAACUUUAAUUUUAGGAUUACUGCUUAAACGGAUGUAAUGAUGUUGAAUUUGUGUUACCAAAGAGUAUUUGUGGACUUGAGUCUGUGCUACAGGAGCUGAAGCUACCUAGCAAAAAGUGUAGCACCACUGUGGUCAAAUUUUAAUCAUGUUACUAUCCAUAUAUGUUGUUUAAGAAAUCUGCCAGAGCUGUUAAAAAACUAAACUGUCUUAGAUCAGCUUUCUAUUGAACACUGCCAAAACAGCCAAAAGAUAGUAUGUUUACAUACUCAUGUAAAGAAAAAAGGGAACUGCUGAAAAAAGAAACCUGUUUGUGAAGUGUGUAUCCUGAAGAAAUCCCUGAGAUCAGCAGUAUAAUGCAUAUUUACCAGACACAGACAUGCAUCUCGGUGACCAAGCCCUACUACUAACUUGUUUGAGUAGCAUUUAGAAGUUGGUGUGAUGAACAACGAGGAGAGUUCUAUGGAUAUACAACUUCUUUAAUAUAAUAUGAGUAGCUACACCGAAACGUCGCUCAUAUUAUAUCAAAGAAGUUGUAUAUCCAUAGAACUCUCCUCGUUGUUCAAGCCCUACUACUACCAAUACAACUUAUUAGAAUUUAUGAUAUGCACUUUAUGCAUGUCCUCAAUAUGUUCUGUUUGUUUAAUACGAAAGUUAUGCUGACCCUUAACAAAACGUAUGACUCCUGACCCAUCUCUCCUGAUAAGAGACCGUUCAUAAUAAGGCUAGGGGGUGAAGAUAAUUUGUAUGGAGAAGCAUGUACAAUGUAAAUGGCCUCUUUUCUCUCUCUCCCCCCCCGCAAAAAAAAUAAAAAAUUAAUAAUAAUAAUAAAUAAAUAAAUAAAUAAAUAAAUAAGAUCAUGUACCAAGUAAGUAAUCUACCCUGCAUGUCAUGUAGACCUUUUACAACUACUGUUUAUAAUCAGGAUUGUCCUGGUACAACUCCGAAGUCAAAAUAUUAAUCAAAAACAAUCCAGGGACAAUCGGAGAGCUUCCAUGUUGGUAUUUAAGUCAUACAUCACCCACCUUGUGUAUGUCCAACAACAACGAUAAUAAUAAUAGGACACUUGUAUUGCAUGUUACUCCAUGCUUGAUGCAUGCUCGAGGCGCGCACAGUCACAUAGUUCAGAGCUGUUUGAAGAGGUAGGUCUUGAGAUGACGUUAAUGGCUACCUACCUUGUGUGAGCCAAGAGGCGGUGGGGUAGCCUAGUGGUUAAAGCGUCCGUUGUCACGCCGAAGGCCCGGGUUUGAUUCCUCACAUGGGUACAAUGUGUGAAGCCCAUUUCUGGUGUCCCCUGCCGUGAUGUUGCUGGAAUAUUGCUAAAAGCGGCGUAAAACUAAACACACUCACUCACUCUGAUGAGCCAAAGCAUUCUACAUUUUGUCGUUGUUGUAUUGGGAGAAGGAUAGUCUAUUUACAAGAUGUAUUGUAACCAUGUACAGAUGGUGUACGAUGAUGUGUUGUAGUGUUUUGUUUGUGAUGUUAAGGAAAAGUCUUAAUGACAUUUUAUUCUUCAUCUGAUUCCUAAUCAAAAUUUAGGUCAAUUAUCAUGAUCAAGCACAUGUAUGUGAUGUAACGAUGUUGUGACAGUUAUAUAGCAUACAGCAUGUUGCAUGACACAAAGGGGCGGUUACAGCAUUCACUUGUCACACUGAAGACCCGGGUUCGUUUCCCCACAUGGGUACAAUGUGUGAAGCCCAUUUCUGGUGUACCCUGAUGUGAUAUUGCUGGAAUAUUGCUAAAAGCGGUGUAAAGCCAAACUCACUCACUCACAUGACACAAGAACACUCACUCGCUCACAUGAUACAGGAACACACACUCACUCACUCACAUGAAACAAGAACACCGACUCACAUUGACUGGAGACGCACGUCGAACAGACACAACACACUGCUAGCAAACAGAGUCAGACAUUUUUUCUGUAUUGUUUUACAUACCUUCAGAAAAUUGCAUUUAAGAUGAAUUUCAUACUUUCAUAUUAUCUUCAUCUGUGGGGGGAUGGCUCAAUGUUGGAACGAAUUUAGACCUCCCAUUUCCAUGGCUUAGACUUUAAAUUCACAGAAGAAACGAUUUUGUUGCUGUUUACCAAAGUUCUUAUAAUGAACAACCAGUAUUAGAUGUGGAACGAUAUAUAUUUGGCAAAAAGGUUGGAAAUCGUGGUUAUCUCAACUAUAAAAAAGAAUCAGGAUUGUGAUAAAAUUCUAUUCCAUGCUG